AUGGUAAUGGAUGAAAGUAAUAUCCAAGGGCCUUCAUUGAAUAAUAAGAUUGAACAGUUUCAGCAUUAUCAACAAUUGCAAAAUUAUUCAAAUAUUGCAGCAAAUGAUAGCCAUACUAAUUUUGAAUUUAACCAUGUUUCUAAUACAAUAAAUGCUUACAAAGAUAACACACAGAAUUUUCAACUUGCAAGAUACUCAAUUAAUAAUCGAUAUAUAAUCAAGCAGAAUUUGGGUAAAGGUUCUUUUGGUUCAGUGACACUAGCUAAAGCCAAAUAUGAAAUUCAUGAAAAUUCAGCCGAAUUAAAUGAAUUUUAUGGUAAUAAAAGAAAUACUUUAAUGGAUUUAAAUAGUAUGUCAAACGAAAAUUAUAUUAAUAAAUCAAAGGGAAUUGUUGCCAUUAAAACAAUGUUAACGACUUUAAACAAUUUAAGCGAAUAUAAUAAAAUUCGUGAAAUUAAAUUUAUCUUUAAGAUUCCCUCACAUAAGCAUUUGGUUCAGAUCUUUGAAGUAUUUGUGGAUUCAUUAAAUAAUAAAUUACAUAUUGUAAUGGAAUGUAUGGAACAAAAUUUAUAUCAAAUGAUUAAUAAUAGAAAUCAUAAAUUAUUUUGUAUACCAUCAUUAAAAUCCAUCUUAUCACAAAUAUUAUCAGGUAUACGACAUAUUCAUAAUCAAGAUUUUUUCCAUAGGGAUAUUAAACCAGAAAAUAUCUUGAUUUCUCCCAUUAAGAGAUAUUAUAAUAUCGAUUAUAUUAAUAAAAAUAAUAUAAUGGAUAAUUAUGUGGUAAAGUUAGCCGAUUUUGGUUUAGCAAGGCACAUUAAUAACAAAAAUCCAUAUACUGCAUAUGUUUCCACUAGAUGGUAUAGAUCUCCUGAAAUCUUAUUGAGAAGUGGCUAUUAUUCUAAACCAAUUGAUAUUUGGGCAUUUGGUUGUGUGGCUAUAGAGACAACUAUUUUUAAACCAUUAUUUCCAGGAUCAAAUGAAAUUGAUCAAAUUUGGAAAAUUUUAGAAAUAUUAGGUACACCUCAUACAAUGAUUUGUCCAAAUGAAAAAACAAUCAAUCAUUCACCUCCAGGUGGAUUUUGGGAAAUUUCUCAGGAUUUAGCAAAAGAUUUACAAUUAAAAUUUCCAUUUGUUAGAGGACAUUCUAUUGAUGCAAUUAUUAAGACUCCAUUUUUGAAAAACUUGAUAGAUGUAAUCAAAAGAUGUUUAAGAUGGGAUCCAAAUGAUAGAGCUACAGUUGAUGAAUUAUGUUCCAUGAAAUUUUUUGAAAAUUCAAUUGUAGAUCCAAAAUUUUUAAAAUCUAACAAUUUAACAAAUACAGAACAAGCUCUAAUAUUUUCUGGAAUUCAAUCAGAAAAUUCAAUUACUAAACAAAAUUUAAUAUUUAACGAAGAAUUAAAUAUUCAGCAUGAUAGUCAUCACAUUCAAAAUAAUAAUAAAUUACAUAUGCAACAUCAAGGAAGUAUUAACAAUAAUACUAAUAAUACUAAUAAUACUAAUAAUACUAAUAAUAAUAAUAAUAAUUAUACAAAUCCAAUACCUAUUCCAAAUUUAAAUAUUCCAAACAAUAUUGAUACCAUGAAUACUUAUAUUAAUAAAAAUAAUGGGAAUAUGCCGACGAAUACAUUUUUAAAUCAUAUUGAAGACGAUCAUCGUAAACUAUCAUUAAAAGAAUUUUUGAAUGAAGAUUAUUUUGAUCCUACUUUAAUUAAUCAAAAUAAUAAUAAUGCAACCAUUGAUAUAAACUUUAAAAAGAGGGAAAUUCGUCAUCAUAAUUAUAUUGAUCAAGAAGAAGGGGAGCAAACAGAAGAAAUAGCAGAUGAUGAUGAUGAUGAUGACGAUGAUGAUGAAGAGGAAGAAGAUGAUAAUGACAAUGAUGAUGAAGAGGAUGAUGAAGAUGAUGAUGCUGAAGAUGAUGAUGUUGAUCCUGAUGAAGAUAAUGCUGAUGAUGAAGAGGACGAUUAUGAUGAUGUUGAUUAUGAUGAUCGUAUAGCAAGAGAUGUUGAAGAAAGUUUGCAACAAUGUAAAGCUAUUUCAAGUUUAAAGAAUAAAAAUACAAAGAUUGAUGAGAAUAGACAUAAAUAUUAUUUUGAUAGUAGUGGCAAUCAUCCAGAAUAUGAAGAUUAUGAUGAAGAUGAAAUAAAUGAUAUAGAAACUGAACUUCAAAGAAGACAUGCAAAUGAAAAUGGUAAUACAGACGAAUAUGAGUAUGCAUAUGGAAAAUUUACUGAAUAUGAUAAUUAUAAGAAUCUAAUUAGGGAAGUUGAGGAAGAAGAAAAUAUUAGAAUGGUUGGAAGUCGUACAAAUGGUAUAACUAAUACUCAAGAAUUUUAUACGUCAAAUAGGAAAAUUGAAAAUAUGGAAAAUAUGGAAGAAUUCGAAAUUGAAGAAGAUAUUGAUUUUUUGGAUAUUGAUGAAGAAGAACAAAAUACAUUAAUGAACAUUUCUAAACUAGUUGAUGCAACAAGUAAUAGUCAUCUUCGUCAUAUUCAGAAUCAUAAUAAUUUCGAAAGUAAUAAAAGUAAUUACAUUCAUGUAUCAAAAAAUGAAUUCGUCAAUCACUUGAUCAGUAAUGAAACUAAUGAUGAAAAUUAUGAUGAUAUUGAUGAGAGUAUUAUUAAGUCCUUCAAUAUGAGAAAAGAAACCAACUCAAUUAAUAGCAAUUGUAUACCAAGGGGGAAUGAAUUUAUGAAGGAUAUCAAAUUUGAAGAAACCAGAAAUCCUAUCUUAAAUAAAUCGUCAUAUCAAACUCCAGUAUUAAUGGCAAGACAAGAAAAUAUAUAA